AUGUCACCAACCUUCAUUCUCGCCCCUAUCCCCUCAGCUUCCCCCCUCCCCUCGAGCCCCUCUCUCAACCUCCUCCCCUUCUCCCUCGGCCUAACUUCCAAACCAUACACCACCCCCUCCGCGCCCUUAUCGACCUUCUUCCGCCCUCGUCCCGCACCUUCAGGUACUCCCGGUAUACCCACAGGCACGCCCAUUGCAGCGUUUCGCGGAAGACAGAUUGCAGGCCAGUCUGUGCCUGUUCCGAGGGGGUACAGGGGGAUUGUGAUCGCUGCAGACAGGCCUGAUGUUGUCAAGUAUUCCUCCGCCUCAUCGCAGGAGCCGGUAGAGGAUGAAGGGGAAAUUAGAGGGAGGGCAAGGAAGGGAAAGUGGCCGUUGACGCCUGCGGCAUCGAGCGCUUCUGUGGGGGGAGGGAGUACCUCGGCGGCGACCACGGUGGUGGAUGAGGGAGAAGGUGAGGAUGGGACAGAGAUGCGCCGAUCGACUCGGUCGAACGGGUUCGAGAGGCUCAAGCAGCGCGUGAAAGGUGCGGGGCAGGUGGCGCUCGCCAGACCCAAGAGAGGGGCCGUCAAGACGGGGAAGAAGCGAUACAGGCUGGACUCGGACGAUGAGGACGAGGCCGGCGGGGCCGAGCUGGACUCUCAGGUUGACAUCGAAAGUCCCUCAUCGCAGAUCACGCCUACGCUAGAUGGGGAUGUACCUGUCCUGCCUACUUUGACCUACGGCACACCCUCCAAACGCCCCCGCUCCUCCCUCAUAUCCACCCCAACCCGCCAGUCCCCCCGGCUCGCCCUCCCCCGCACCCCUAUACCACCCUCAUCCCGGAAAGCCCAUCUACCUGCGAUUACCCUCCAAGAAGCUACGCCACUUAAGGAGCCCCUCCCUCCCCCUCCGGCGCACUUGCGGCGGAAGAAGAACAAGGCGGAUUAUGUGAUCCCGGGCACACCAGGCGCAGAGGUGCUGGUCGAGCAGGACGAGACGGAUCCGGCUGUAGCAUCACCGGGCGGAUCAGGGGUGGACGAACUGAAGGAGGUGUUGGUGGAGGAAGGGAUGAUCCCCUCGCCUGCUACGGAGAAUGACCCGCCUACUUUCCCAGUCCUAUCAGCGGCUCCCAGCCCCGAAACGCCCAAAAUCGAGAAAGAGCCAUUUCAACCUACUCGGGCGAUGGAGCAGGACCUCUCGUCCUCCCUGGACAUCUCUGGUCCUAUUCGCGUCUUACGGCCGGUUUCGUCUUUUGAUGCUAUAACGCUCUGGACGCCAGAUGGGCCUCUGGCGGGGUACAAGCCCCCAAAUGCUUCGGGGCAGGUGGAUGCGGCGAAGGCAGAGUCAGCGGUGAGCGGGACUGCGGAGGCGUUGGCAAGUGCAGAAGCGUCGGCAGCGGCGGAGGUGAAAGAGGAAGAUGGGCCGAAAGUUCGAGAAGGGUGGUGGGCGCCCGGAGGGAGUGGGGAGGGAGGGGACGAGGUAGUUCGAGCGAUGGGCGAGUGGUUGGGGCUGGUAGAGAUGCUGAAUGAGCCGGUGUAUCUGGAUAAAUACCAGGAUGAGGACGGCGAUGAGGACGACGACGAGUGA